GGGGUGUUCGCAAGAGAGAGAGCUGGUUGCGACCAUUUACAAGCAAGUCGCGAAACCGACACAGUUGUUGAACUGGCAUUGCGCUUUUGAGCAGUCGCCGAACAAACGCGCUCGCAUCAAACGCAGCAUCCCAUCAUGGACCAACAGAACUCGUCGUCGGCGCCACAGGGGCAGCAGCAACGGCCACCGCCCGUUUAUGACACCAGUCAUGGAGGCCACUAUGGUGCCAGCGCGCAGAUAUCUGCUCAAGGCUUUGCCCCAUCCGAGUUGUACACGGGCACCUGGGCGAACGUCCACCAGGGUCUCAACGGAACCUACAAGGACAUCCUCACAGCCUAUUGGCAACAGACGAUAAGCCACUUGGAGGGCGAUACGCAUGAUUACAAGCUCCAUCAAUUACCCCUGGCACGGAUAAAGAAGGUCAUGAAAGCCGACCCAGAUGUUAAGAUGAUCUCGGCCGAGGCUCCCAUCUUAUUCGCGAAGGGCUGCGACAUUUUUAUCACCGAACUGACUAUGCGUGCUUGGAUACAUGCCGAGGAGAACAAGAGGCGUACCCUUCAGCGAUCAGACAUCGCAUCUGCCUUGGCAAAGUCCGACAUGUUCGAUUUCCUUAUUGACAUUGUUCCGCGAGAAGAAGCUGCCUCCCACAAGCGGGCUACUGGACAGACGGCCUCUGCGCAGUCCGCGCCCGCGCAAUCUCAGAUCCCCGCCUCCAACCACGGCGGGCAACACUCCAUGGGCUCGACCGAUUAUGCCUUGGGCGGCCAUAACAUUGCCCCUGAGACCGACUAUCGCCAGUCUUCUAGCAUAUAUCCCGGCCAAGUACAAUCCGGAGCGCCGGCACCGUACGGCCAGCCGCAGGCCAACAUGUACAACGUCGAUGAGAUGUACGGGUACGGGGCCAUGCCCCCACAGCAGGUACGCAUUCUUUAGAAACACCCCACUACUACAAGCGUAGUCUCUAACCUGAGCAAAUAGAGCACUUAGGAGAAGCGGCAGGGGAAGACGGUGAAUAGGAGAAAGAAGAGCCAAACUAUCCCUAUACCGAUAGGAGGCGUUUGCGAUGUUGGCCGAGUUUAAGGCUGGCCCAAUUUCUUUGCAAGACUGAAAAUCCUGGCGCAGUUUGUAUCGAGCGAUGUUGUUUGAUCCAGAUCGGAAGAGCGUUGCGCGAAUCGAUUAUGGUUUCGUUGUCUGGCUAGGGACUGGCGUAAAGCAAAGGUGUUUAGUUCAGCGGUUCCCCGGCUU